CGUUGCCGACAUAAUAUGAUUAUCGCUUAGUUUAAAGUAAUCACAGCAAAAAUUCGAAUAAUUUUUUUUUCGUUCAUUUCGUUUCUUUUCAUUUCUUUUUCGGAGUAAUUUUUCUGUCAUUUGAUUUAAUUGUGCUUUUUUGUUUCCCGUGUUCUCUUCAUAUGUGAUAUUGAAAUAAAGCAUACAACGGAAUAGCAUCAAACGCAUAAACGAUAAAAUAUUUAAUCGACGACAACAGCCAACAUAUUCAAUCAAAUUUAUAAGAAGAAAAACAAAAAACACUCAAUAUUUAGUGGAAGAAGAAACAGUCGUGAAUGUGGAUUAUUUGGUAUAACGGAUUAUAAAAAAAAACUCAAUCGAAUGUGAUUUAAAUAAAACGAGAGAAAAAUAAUUAAAUAAAUACAACCACAUUCUUGCAAACCCUAUCACACUGUUUACGAUUUCUAAAUGAAAUCAAUCUGAACGGAACUGAAAUACAACAGCACUAAAAGAACUCACAUUUUCGGAUUGCGGUCAUAAAACAUCUCAACUCUAAUUGAACAAAACAAUAACAUCAACAAAUCAUUUGGCAGCAAACAAAAGGUCAUCGUCGCAAACAUCUAAACAAGUUCAAAGCGAAUCUUAUAAUUUCAUAGAAGCGGAAAUAAGCAGAAAUCGAAAGAAGAACAACAUCACGCUAAGAAAAAAAAAAUCACAUCACUUUGAAAUCUUCUACUCUUAAGCGGAUCAGCGUUACCACUCACCCCACAUCACAUAUUACGUACACCAUUAUUUCAUUAAAAAAUAAAACCAACGUCGUAGAUAGUUCGAAAAGAAAGAAAUAAAAGUGCCUGAAUUUAAAUGUGAUACUCACCACUUUGCUUAAAUUAUACACAUCGCAGAAAACAUUCACAUACACUCACUCACACAACCACACACGCCAAUCAAACAUUCGCCGUUUCAACAACAACAACUUUAAAUUUUAUUUAUCGCAAGCGUCAACAUACUUUAUGUAGUAGUUCCCAAACACACCUACACAAAGCUGGCUUUUGUAAUAUUGGUUUAAGUCAGCAUAAGUGUGUUUCCUGAUAUAAAAAUCAAACGAAGACAAAAAGAAAUUUCAUUGUAAUACACACAUUGCUGAUACAAAGAAAACACCAAAAAAAAAAAUCUCAAUCUCGCAAAGCAUUGAUACUUAUUCAUUCGGGCAUCAAGUGUGUGAAGCAUAAAAAUUAUAAGAAAUAAUUUAGCGUAUAAUUAUUGAAAAAACGAAAACACAAAUUGCGCGCUCAACAUUACUGAAUUUAAUGUUAAUUGAAAAGCAUUUAUCAACACGAUAGAGCACUAAACAGAAGUUGUGGGGCAAUUAUCGGCGAAAGGACACAAUAAAUUAAUAAUAGACGAAGAAAAAAAACGUUAAUCGAAGUAAACGAAGCCAAGGCAAAUUCCAGCUGCGCCGAUUUCCGAUUGCUGUGUUGUCACUGUGUGUAAAAGUGUGCACGCGAGUGAGCGAGAAAAUAUAUAUAAAGAGAGAGAGAGAGAGAGAGACGAAAAAAUAGUGUAAAACCGAACCAUUAGUAGUUUGGAAGUCAAACCGAUUUGUCAACUAGUUUGACCUCUAAUGUUGUAAAUGGCUACUAUCUUUGAAGCAGUUGCGAAACAGUCCCAAAAUAGCCAACCGAAUCAAUCGCAACCAGAGUCGAAUACAAAUCAAACGGCACAUCAUUUUACGGGCAAUUGCGUCACAAAUGGGUUGUUUCUGUUCGACGAACCAUCCACAUCGAUUAAUAUGUUAGAUAAUUGGCUACUACCAUCAAAACAAUCGCGAAGCAGCCUCGAAGCAGCUAAACGCAAAAUCAAUCCAAAUCACAGAAGCCAAUAUAGUCUCGAUACAGGAACUGUUGAUCACAUCGAUCUAUUGACAUCACAACAGCAACAUUUCCAUCAAUUCCAGCAUCCGCAGCAUCCACACAAUCAAGCGCACUCACUAUUUCUAUCGCAUACAUCGAAUAUGGACUCAUCACAAAUAUCGCAACAAUCAUCGUCGUCACUUCAGCCAACCCAACAGCAAAUGCAGCAGCAAACUGAUCAGCUGCAAACAUCGCCGAAUUGUUCUUUUGAAGGUGGAGAUGUGUCGUACCAUUUUAAGACGCUCGUUCCAGCCGUGGCCGCUGGCGCGAUUAUCGGCAAAGGUGGCGAAACGAUUGCAGCCAUUCAAAAAGACACAAGUGCACGAGUUAAAAUGUCCAAAUCACACGAUUUCUAUCCAGGUACACAGGAACGUGUUUGUUUGAUAACCGGCUCGAUCGAAUCAAUAAUGACCGUAUUAGAUUUUAUAAUGGAUAAAAUACGGGAAAAACCAGAUCAAACACCAAAAUUAACUGACAUCGAAACGAAACAAGCUCAAGAACGGGACAAACAAGUAAAAAUCUUAGUGCCGAAUUCAACGGCCGGCAUGAUUAUUGGCAAAGCUGGCGCAUACAUUAAGCAAAUCAAAGAAGAAAGCGGUUCGUAUGUACAAAUAUCGCAAAAACCAAAGGACAUAACACUCCAAGAGCGUUGUAUUACGAUUAUCGGCGAUAAAGAAAACAAUAAAAUUGCAUGCAAAUUGAUAUUAGCAAAAAUAAUGGAGGAUCCAUCAUCGGGCACAUGCUUAAAUGUAUCAUAUGCCGAUGUAAAUGGUCCUGUAGCCAAUUUUAAUCCAACCGGAUCACCAUAUGCGGCCAACCAAACAACAAUUAGUUCAAGCACUGCGUCACUUAAUUCAACUCCGUCACUUAGUGCACCAAAUCUCCUGGUUAAUGGUAGCGGCAUUAAUUUAUCAUUAAAUCUAGGACCAACGAAUAAUUCAAACCCAGCACUUAACACACAAAUUAUAGAUCACAUCAAGGUUGCCAUGCGAGGAUUUGGUUACUUAGAGCCGGUUUUAAAUGAAGUUGCUGCAGCUUUAGGAAUUCUUGCCAAAUACGGGUCGCUGGGUGUCGGUGUUGGUUUAACACAUACCAAUGGCACGACCCCAAUCAGUUAUUUGAAUGUUACACCAUUGGAACAAAGUGUAACUGCAAACAGCGUCUUCGGUGCCAUCGGUCAAGUCAAUUUAGAUUCGUUUAUCGGCGCAACAUCGCCAACACCACGUGCAUCCAUUGAUCGUUUUGAAACCACAACAUUUGAUCCAUUUCGUCAUGCUGGCCAACAAGCAGCCGCUCCAAUUUCAAUAAAUACAAACACAUAUGGUUUGGCGACAAAUUCAACGAUUGGUGCUGCUGCAGCCGCACAAACAUUGGGCGGCUUAAGCAAGAGCCCAACACCAGCUGAUGUUGGCCUACGCGAUUCGAAAUCGGUCGAAGUCGCUGAGAGCAUUGUUGGCGCUAUUCUAGGUCCGAAUGGCAGCAGCUUGAUUGACAUCCAAAAUAAGAGCGGCGCAACAAUUCAAAUUUCAAAAAAGGGGAUGUUCGCACCCGGUACAAAGAAUCGCAUAGUCACAAUAAGCGGUGCACCGAGUGGCAUUCAAUUGGCUCAUUUUCUCAUCGAGCAAAAAGUGAACGAGGAAGAAACAAAACGACGUAACCAAAAUACAUUAACAGGAAUUCCGGGUAUUAUGCAAUAGUCGCGCAUUCAUACAGACAUACAUACAUACACAGCGAGCAUCGACGAACGCUAGAUGCGGCAAACGAACAGCAAAUAAAAUGAAAAAAAAGAGAAGAAAAUAAUGAUUGAGAAAUUGAAAUGAAAAAAUUGUUUUGAAAUAUUAAAAAUUAGAUCACAGUAAAUUGAUACACACAGAAAAUAGAUAAAAACAGAAAAAAACGAUACAAGUAAAAAGUAAGGAAAAAAAUGAGAGUGUUUAACGUGGAAAAUUGUUUUUAUUUUCAUAAAAAAAAUGUGAAAAUUUUUAGUCAUGUAUAGAUCAAUGCAAUCGGCAUGUACGACAAGUGUAUGUGUUACCUAUUCAUUUUCAAUGGUCAGAGACAGUUGAUAUACAUAUAUUAUAACUAUUACAACAACAACAAAAACAACAACAAAUAAUAAUAACUAUAAUAAUAUUAAUAAUGAUGAUGAAGUGGAGAAAAAUAAAUAAUUGUUAUUAAUGUAGUUCAGUGCAUAGCCCAAAAUAUGCAUAAACAUUAUAUUUUUUGAUGACAGAUAAACUAUUUUAGAUUUUUAUUAUUAUUAUAAUUUUUUGUUUUGUUUUGUUUAAAGAAUUUAAAGAGGAAGAGUUGAAAGAGAGAGCGAGAGAAAAAAAAAUAUAUAUAUAUCAUAUUUUAUGUUGAAUAUCUUCUUUUCACAUGUGAAAUGUUUAUCCUUAGAUAGCGAAUAACCGAACCAUUUUUAUUUUUUACUACGAUUUUUAUGAUUUGUUCUUCUACAUUUCUUCUUAUCCUUUAUAUAAGGUAGGGCAAUACCAACCGCAUAAAAACAUUCUCACAUCUUCGCACAUCGUUUAAUAUGUACCGUUCAUUGAAUAUAUAAUUCAGUUUAAAAUUGGUCAUUGCCACAAUACCGCCACCACCACUGCACCUGCCCUUCGACCCUCAUUUUCCCAAAUUUACCCUCUCUCCGCUCCCAUGCACAAUUCAAUGAAUUUUAUUUUAGAAUUUAUAUAUGUUGAUAAUUUGUGUUCGAAAGAACGUUAAAAACAAAAUGAAAACUAUUGCAAAUCCAAUUUGUUUCAGGCAUAGAUUUAGUUAGUUCAGUGCAUAACUAACACAAAUGCAAAAUAUGUGUGUAAAUAUUGCAAGGUUAAUUACGCUGAAUGAAUGAUGCAAGAAAAUGCAUGCUUAUCGUUUUUUUUAUGUUUUCCCGAUUCGUUAUUGAUGAGAAGAGAAUAUAUCCAAAAUUUAUAUGAUAAAUCUAUAUAAAAAACGAACCUGAUAUUGCACAUAUGUUGAUUUAAUUCAUGUAAAUGUUCUCACUAUUAUACAUUCAGUUAAUUUGAAAGUUAGGCAUUUUCCACUCGAGAUGCCCACAGCAUAUAUAUAUCUACAUAUAUAUAUAGAUUUAAUAGGAAGAGUCAUUGCUUAUCUUUUUUGUUUGUUUGUUUUUCAUUUACAUAAAAAGAAAUGAACGAGAUAAUAAAAAUGUUGUUUUAAUCUUAUGUUGUUAAUUUAUAUAAAAGAUUUAUGGAAAAUAAUAAUCACACGUCAUAAAUAUACCAAUACUAAGUAAUACAAAACAAUGUUAACUCUUUUUUUUUCAAUCAAUCACUCAACAUGAAUUUGAGAUCAUCUUCACAUAAACACAAACACACAAACAAAUUGAUUGUUACAUUUACAAAGAAUAAACAUGCAAAGAAAAUUUAUUUAAAAAAAAUACUAAUAAUAAACAUAAAUAAACAAAUUCGAGUCACGCGCAUAUUCACUAAAGUAUGUAUCUAUAUACUUAUUCACUCUCACAUACACACACAUACAUACAUUUAAAGAGAAAACACAAAAUGUUUCCAAGUGAAUCUUUUUUGCUGCAAUAUUUAAAACAAAAACAAACAAACAAUUACAAGAACCGACAAACAAAGAAUUGCAAACCAAUUACAACAUACACUGACGGACGCCACUCUAUGUGGUCAAGUGUCAAAGAAAAAAAAACAUGUUAUUUUAUUAUUAUCUAUUUUUAGUUGAUUUAAGCAGAGUACGAGAAAUAAACAUAAUAAAGCUAUAGUGUGUAUAAAUUUAAAAAUUAAACAUGAAACAAAAAAAAAAUUGAAAUACACCCAGAGAAAUUUAUUCUAAACGAACAGAAAAAAAAGUUUAAUAAAUUGUUUUAAAAAAUUUUAACAAUAAAAAUAAAUCACAUAUAGUAUGAAAAAUUGAGAUGUUGCAAAAAUAUACCUAGAAACAACAAAAAAAUGUAAAGGAUUCAGUACAUUGAAUUGUACCGCUGUAAUGAUAGAAAUUAAUUAAAUGAUGAGAGAAUAAAAAAAGCAUAAAAAGAGACAAAAAACAACAGUUAUCUAGAUAAGGAUAAAUUCAUCAAAAAAAAAAAAUGAAAACCAUUAAUAAUUUCACCAUCGUAAACUCGUGAUGUUGUUUUUAUAAAUAGUAAUAUGUAUAGAAAUACAGGAAAAUAUUACUGAAAAAAUUCUGAUAGGUCUAUUAUAAUUAAAAAAAAAAAA